CCUGCUUUCCUGACACCCUACAGGACUCACAGGCAGGCCAUGGCAGCUCUGGCAGCGGGAGUAUCCAAGCAACGUGCAGUUGCUGAGGGGCUUGGCUCUAACCAGAAUGCUGUGAAGUAUCUGGGCCAGGACUUCGAAACCCUGAGGAAGCAGUGCUUGAACUCGGGGGUCCUAUUUAAGGACCCAGAAUUUCCAGCAUGUCCAUCAGCUUUGGGCUACAAGGAUCUAGGACCAGGCUCCCCAGACACUCAAGGCAUCGUAUGGAAGCGACCCACGGAAUUGUGUCCCAACCCUCAGUUUAUUGUUGGUGGAGCCACACGCACAGACAUCCGCCAAGGGGGUCUUGGAGACUGCUGGCUUCUAGCAGCCAUUGCCUCCCUCACCUUGAAUGAAAAGUUGCUUUACCGGGUGCUUCCCAGGGACCAGAGCUUCCAGAAGGACUACGCGGGCAUAUUUCAUUUCCAGUUCUGGCAGUAUGGAGAGUGGGUGGAGGUGGUCAUUGACGACCGGCUCCCCACCAAGAACGGGCAGCUGCUUUUUCUACACUCCGAAGAAGGCAAUGAGUUUUGGAGCGCUCUACUGGAGAAAGCCUAUGCCAAGCUAAAUGGUUCGUAUGAGGCUCUUGCUGGAGGCUCCACAAUCGAGGGGUUUGAGGAUUUCACAGGUGGCAUCUCUGAGUUUUAUGACUUGAAGAAGCCUCCGGAAAAUCUGUACUACAUCAUCCAGAAGGCCCUCCGCAAAGGCUCUCUGCUGGGCUGCUCCAUUGAUGUCUCAACUGCAGCUGAAGCAGAAACCACCACCAGGCAAAAGCUGGUUAAGGGUCACGCAUACUCUGUUACUGGAGUCGAAGAGGUGAAUUUCCAUGGCCGUCCAGAGAAGCUGAUCAGGUUGAGGAACCCGUGGGGUGAAGUGGAGUGGUCGGGAGCCUGGAGUGAUAAUGCACCUGAGUGGAAUUACAUAGAUCCAAGGAGGAAGGAGGAGCUGGACAAGAAAGCAGAAGACGGCGAGUUCUGGAUGUCCUUUUCGGAUUUCUUGAAGCAGUACUCCCGACUGGAGAUCUGCAACCUGUCCCCAGACUCUCUGAGCAGUGAAGAGAUACACAAAUGGAACCUAGUACUCUUCAAUGGCCGCUGGACACGGGGUUCUACAGCCGGGGGCUGCCCGAACUACCCAGGCACGUACUGGGCCAACCCCCAGUUUAAAAUCCAUUUGGACGAGGUGGAUGAGGACCAGGAGGAGGGCACCAGUGAACCCUGCUGUACCGUGCUGCUGGGUCUGAUGCAGAAGAAUCGAAGACGUCAAAAGAGGAUCGGCCAGGGCAUGCUCAGCAUAGGCUACGCUGUCUACCAGAUUCCCAAGGAGUUGGAGAGUCACACGGAUGCACACCUUGGCCGGGACUUCUUCCUGGGACGCCAGCCCUCUACCUGCUCCAGCACUUACAUGAACCUUCGGGAGGUGUCCAGCAGGGUCCGACUCCCCCCGGGACAGUACCUGGUGGUGCCAUCCACCUUCGAGCCCUUCAAGGACGGUGACUUCUGCUUGAGGGUGUUCUCAGAGAAGAAGGCCAAGGCUCUGGAAAUUGGGGAUGCUGUAUCCGGAAACCCUCAUGAGCCACAUCCCCGUGACAUGGAUGAAGAAGAUGAACAUCUCUGGAGCCUGUUUGAGGAGUUUGUGGGCAAGGAUUCUGAGAUCAGUGCUAAUCAGCUCAAGAGGGUCCUGAAUGAAGUACUUUCUAAACGAACAGACAUGAAGUUUGAUGGAUUCAACAUCAACACUUGCAGAGAAAUGAUCAGCCUGCUGGAUAGUGAUGGGACAGGAAGCCUGGGACCUAUGGAGUUCAAGACUCUCUGGCUGAAGAUCCGCACAUAUCUGGAGAUGUUCCAAGAAAUGGACCACAACCGUGUAGGGACCAUUGAAGCCCAUGAGAUGAGGACAGCUCUCAAGAAAGCAGGUUUCACCCUCAACAACCAGGUGCAGCAGACCAUUGCCAUGAGGUAUGCAUGCAGUAAGCUUGGCGUUGACUUUGACGGUUUUGUGGCGUGUAUGAUCCGCCUGGAGACCCUGUUCAAACUGUUCAGGCUUUUGGAUAAGGACCAGAAUGGCAUUGUCCAGCUCUCCCUGGCUGAGUGGCUGUGCUGUGUGCUGGUCUGACCCGCUGUUUGGACAUCAACAACUUCCCUGCCUCCCACUUGUCCCUUUCAGUCUUAUGAACAUGUGACCUCAGGUGGCAUUUACUGACUGACUGUUGUAUUGUUCCAGCCAACUGUUGUUCCUGAGACACUGCCUUUCCCAACAGAGCAGUCUAGGGAGCCCCAGAUCUCUCAGCAGCACCGAGCUAUGAGUUAACUGGGCAGAUCCCAGGGGUUCAGCAGAAGGAAAACAAUCAAUUAAAGUUGUGGGCCAGGAUGGU